GAAAGCAGGGGAGCAGAAACAAGUUUGAAGUUUGAAACUCCCAACUUUUCAAUCAUCAAAGCACAAACCCCUCUCUCUCUCUCUCUCUCUCUCUCUCUCCACAACUUUACUCUUGCUCUCUACUCUUUACUUUUCUCUCCAUCCCGUGCGUCCAACUUUCCAAUCUUUCUCUCCUCUUCUCUCAUCUCUGCAUGUUCUUCUUUUCCAGCCCCUGAUCGUUUAUUCAGAAACUUCCCAACUUUUCUCCUCCCUUUCUAAACCAGCGGUAGUCUGAUUAUCUUAUCCCGUUUUGCUACGUUGUCCAAGCGAGGAGAUCGGGGAAUGUUGGUCGCUGUCGUAGCGAAUGUCUCCCAAGUAACAAAGUUGCCGCUUCUGGGUUCGUUAUCUCUGUUCUUGCUGAUCUUACUUCUGAAAAAUUGACUUUUACCCUGAUGGGUUCGUGACUUCGUGAUUUUCUGCCACAAAGUUUGCAACUUUGAUGCUGGAUUGAAAAGGGUUUUGCUUGAUUGAUUGAUUUGCGUUGAGGGGGGAAGGGGAAAAAAAGUCAAGAGGAUCGUUUUGGGAUAAACUGUGGUUGACUUUUUUGGAUUUAGAAAGGUUAACUCUUGGUGGGUUUAGGAUUAUUAUUGUGAAUUAUGAUCAAGCAGUUGCUGGGCAAGAUUCCUAGGAAGUCGUCUAAAUCGGCUGGAAAUGGAGAAAACGGAAGGAAGAAUGGUAAAAAUUCAAAAGCUGUUGCUAAUACUGUUUCAAAGGGCAGUAAUUUUGGGGUCGAUUCUUACAUCGGGUAUGAACGGUUCAACAAUCAGCCUGGUUCAGAUUCCGGGCAGAACAAUGGAACCAUGAUUUCAAUGAAGCAUCAGAAUGGCAACCUAGGAUUAUACUCCUACGAAGUGUUGCCAGGAUUCAAAGAUGUUCCAAACUCUCAGAAGGAGAGUUUGUUCUUUAGAAAGCUAAAGCUAUGCAGCAUUGUAUUCGACUUCACCGAUCCAGCAAAGCACGUUAAGGAAAAGGAGAUCAAGCGACAGACAUUGCUGGAGCUUGUUGAUUAUGUCACUUCUGCAAAUGGGAAGUUCAGUGAAGCUGUUGUCCAAGAAGUGGUCAAGAUGGUAUCAGUCAACAUGUUCAGGACGCCUAGUCCUCAACCCCGGGAGAAUAAAGUUGUGGAUGGUGUGGACUUGGAGGAAGAAGAGCCUACGAUGGACCUCGCUUGGCCUCAUUUGCAAAUCGUCUAUGAGGUCUUCUUGAGAUUCGUGGCAUCUUCUGAGACUGAUGUCAAGUUGACUAAAAAGUACAUUGACCAGGCGUUCGUUCUCAAGUUGUUGGACUUGAUUGAUUCUGAAGAUCCUAGGGAAAGAGAGUACCUCAAGACGAUUCUUCAUAGGAUAUAUGGGAAAUUCAUGGUACAUCGUCCAUUCAUUAGGAAAUCCAUCAACAAUGUGUUCUAUCAGUUUGUUUUUGAGACCGAGAAGCACAAUGGGAUAGCUGAGCUUCUGGAGAUCUUGGGGAGUAUCAUUAAUGGGUUUGCCUUGCCUCUCAAGGAAGAGCACAAGAUGUUCCUCGUUCGUGCUCUAAUUCCAUUGCAUAAGCCGAGGUGCUUGGCGAUGUACCACCAGCCUCUGUCUUAUUGUAUAACACAGUUUGUUGAGAAAGAUUGCAAGCUCGCAGAUGUUGUGAUUAGGGGGUUGUUAAAGUAUUGGCCGGUUACUAAUAGCUCGAAGGAAGUCAUGUUUCUGAAUGAGCUUGAGGAGGUACUCGAAGCAACUCAGUCACAGGAAUUCCAGCGAUGCAUGGUUCCUCUUUUUCAUCAAAUCGCGCGGUGUUUAAGUAGCUCUCACUUUCAGGUUGCUGAAAGAGCAUUAUUUCUGUGGAACAAUGAUCCAAUCGAGAAUUUGAUCAGACAGAACCGGAAGGUCAUUCUGCCCAUUCUUUUCCCAGCACUUGAGAGAAAUGCAAGGAAUCACUGGAACCAAGCUGUCCGUAGCUUGACUUUAAAUGUCCGCAAGAUAUUUGAAGAUCUUGAUCCUGAGCUCUUCAAUGAUUGCUUGCUGAAGUUUCAGGAGACUGAGAAGAAAGAAGACGAGACCAAAGCGAGAUGGGAAGCCAGAUGGAGACGCUUGGAAGAGAUGGGUGCUCAGAAAACUGCAGGUAAUUACAAUACAACAGCCUGCUUUCCUUGGAAACCUUUCUAAUUAUCAGAGAUGUUGUUGUAGUUUGGCGUAACUGUUUGCAUGAAAACUUCGUAGGAACUUUUCUUGCUGUGAAAUGUCGUUCUUAAGAUUGUAACUCCAUAAAGGGCCAAUUGCAAACAGCUUUGUUAAAAAUGUAUUGAGAAAAGAAUCAGCUUUCUUGAAUAUCUAUCGUUCUUUCGCACCAUGCAAUGUGUGUAAGCAAGUGGAACACUAUGGAAAUGCAUCAAGCUUUCCGUCCACCUGUAUAAUCAUUGAUUUCUCUUCGUUGUUCAUCUUUCAACAGGUAAGUAGAAAGGGAAGCUAGCAAGCAAUGCUGUUUGGCGCGAAGGACGGGAUUCUCGCUAUAAAUGUGGCAGCCUUUUGCAUCGAAAAAUGGGGUUCUUCUUCUGCAAGAUAGACCUGCGAACCUGACUAGCGGAUGAGAUAACCGAAAUGGUACACCAUUGAUGACUUGGUGAGGUUUUUUGUCUUUGUAUUGGAAGAUUGAAGCUGUACUGCUAAACGUGAGAAGCCAGGUCCAUGAAACUACUAUGUGGAAAGGGGUUAAGUUGCUGAGACUGUUAGAAGAAAGAAUAUUUGUAUUGGAAAGCUACAAGUUUGGUGCUUUCAAUUGCAGAAAAGUGGUGUAUGUUGAACUUUAAGUGAGCAUUAAGAUGUGAAAUAGGUUAGUGAGCAGGGGUGUGGAUGGAUGUAUCUUGUCAUGCAAUGUCACUCGAGUUUGAAUUAUCAGUUGAAUAUUUAAAGAGCAAGAUAAGAAGUUUCUUAUCUUGCUUGCUUUCUGUUUUGAGGGUAGUGAUGAGGAGGAGACAACAAAAAGGUAAAGAGAAA